GUCUCGCUUCCUCAGAGUCUUCCCUAACCCCUACUCGGAGGAGUGGACUUGGUUCCGGUCACCGGUGGGAUCCGACUCGGCUGUCGGUGCGCCCCGGAACGGUGUUCAGUGAGCACCGAUUUCCCGGACGCCGGCGCCGGAAGCUCCGGCAGUUGCCGCGCCUGUAGAGCGCCAAGCCCGGCGUGUCUCCCGCACGGGGCCAUGAACGGGACUGCGAACCCGCUGCUGGACCGCGAGGAGCACUCCCUGCGGCUCGGGGAGAGCUUCGAAAAGCGACCCCGGGCAUCCUUCCAUACCAUUCGCUAUGAUUUUAAGCCAGCAUCUAUAGACACUUCCUGUGAAGGAGAGCUUCAGGUUGGCAAAGGAGAUGAAGUCACAAUUACACUGCCACAUAUCCCUGGAUCUACACCGCCAAUGACUGUGUUCAAAGGGAACAAACGACCAUAUCAGAAAGACUGUGUGCUUAUUAUUAAUCAUGAUACUGGUGAAUAUGUGCUGGAAAAACUCAGCAGCAGCAUUCAGGUCAAGAAAACAAGAGCUGAGGGGAGCAGUAAAAUCCAGGCCCGAAUGGAACAGCAGUCCACUCGUCCCCCACAGUCAUCGCAGCCGCCACCACCUCCACCACCCAUUCCUUUCAGAGCUCCAACGAAGCCUCCAGUUGGAUCCAAAACUUCUCCCUUGAAAGAUAACCCCUCACCUGAACCUCAGCUGGAUGACAUCAAAAGAGAGUUGAGGGCCGAAGUUGAUCUUAUUGAGCAGAUGAGCAGCAGCAGUGGGAGCAGCUCCUCAGACUCUGAGAGCUCCUCAGGCAGCGAUGACGACAGCUCCAGCAGUGGAGGCGAGGACAAUGCCCCAGCCUCUCCUCCACAGCCUUCACACCAGCAGCCCUACAACAGCAGGCCCACCGUCGCCAAUGGAACCAGCCGGCCACAAGGAAGCACCCAGCUUAUGAACACCCUCAGAAAUGACUUGCAAUUGAGUGAGUCUGGCAGUGACAGUGAUGACUAGAGCCGGAUCUUUCAAAAUCUACUUUUUGGUGCACAAAUUUGCUGCAAGACUGGGGCUGCUUUAGCAUGGAGUCCUUCAUCAAGAGGAAUAUGUUGUGGAUCAGGGACUGCAGUAGGAGUUUGAGGCUCUGGAGCUGUGAUAUUCAAAUCUUUAACUUGGAGGUGAUAGGUGGUUUUCUCAUGUUUUUUUGAACAAUCUCAUAUUUCAAAGUUUUAAGUAGAUCUGUAGAAGAUCUAACAGAAUUAUAGUCCUAUCUAAUUAACAUUGUUAAUGAAAAAUAGACAAAUGUGCACUGGUCUAGGUUACUCAAAGGCCAUGUCUUCACCAAGCUAGUGAUUCAGUUUUAAGCUGUUUGGUCAAGUGGGUCUGUACGAGUGAAAUGAAACAAUCUUUGAGGGGUAGAAGAAGAAGGAAAACCUUAAACUAUAGCACAGAAAAAUGUUUAAACCACUUUAAACUGUUGGUGCAAAGUGGUAGGAAAGUUUUAUCUGACCCUGCCUGACAAGCCCGGAUAGAACUACAUUUUAAGCCACUAUCCUCAAGUGCCAGCAGGGUGGGACCCUAGCCAACUGCUAAUUUAACCACUUUGCAAACAAGGAAAUUGAAGCACACAGCUGGUUUUGUGGCAGGCUUCCUGCCUUCAGUCCAGGCUUUACCCACUGCUCUCUCUUUGAAUCUCAUUUGUUGGAACCAGAGAUUCUUAUACAUGGGACUUUAAAGGUACAUUGGAAUUUUUACUGGGUUCCAAAAGACAAAAGUGUUGGGUGCUUCCAGCCCAAAUUCAAAUCCAGACAGUCCUUAAAUACUUGAGGCUGGAUGAGCAGAUUAAACCAGCAGCCACUGUGCCGACACGUGUGACUCAAUUAUAUUGGGGCUUUUAAUUCCACAUACAUGCAGUCUAAGUUUAUUCAUUCAUUAGUGGGGGCAGUGGGGAGUGGAAAAGAGGUAUAGUGAAGAAACCUCUCUGAACAAGUGAACCAGCAGUAAGUUUCUGAAAACUAGACUCUAGAUAGGAGUGCUGCAGUAUGAAAUGAGCACAUUCUUUAAUGAGGUGUUUCGGUUCAUGCUUUUGUACCACUGUUUGUGCCUGACUUCCAGAUUUAUUUGUAUUUUUGUAUAAAAUUAGAAGAAAGUCA